AUGGACGAUGACACUUCAUCGACGACAUUAUAUCCACCAUUAGAAUCUAUUCCUAUUACACACGGUCCGCCUCUCAAUGCUGAAGACGUUGAAACAGAUGUCAACACUAUUCAACCACACGAGUCAUAUUUCUCGAGUUGUUUGAAGAACGUCUAUCUAUUCUUUCACUUCAUCUUCAACUUUCUGUGUAACUUCGACCAACUCAUUCAGAAUGUGAAAGACGGAACUUUUCUGAGGUGGUGCUUGAACGCCGGGUGUGUGUCUGACACGCUAUGUGAGUGCUUGUGUUAUUGCAAAUGUUUGGACUUCGACUUUUAUGACGAGGAAUGUAAAUGUCCAUGUUACACGCCCCUUUGUUGUGUACCGUGUCGAGUGAUUCUGUGUUGUAAUUACAAACACACCAAUUGCGAAAAUGCGGGAUUCGUGAACUGUUGCGACUGCAUCACAAGAUGUUGUGAUGAAAGUUGCUUCUUUCUAACAACGUGGGUUGUCGUGCCUUUACAAAAAAUAAGUAAACUGUGUUGUAAUCCAUAUGACACUUAUUGUCUUCAUUGUCUUUCAGUAAGAAGCGUGUAUGGAACGUGUUGUGGUGUAAUGACGUGUGGGUUUUGUGGGGAUACAGUUCGGUACAAAAAGAUGUUCGAUUAUAUAUGGAUGUGUGGGUAUUGUGACGAGAAAAUGUGUUGUCCAUGUAACUCCUUGUUGUGUUGUAAAUGUUGUGAACUCAACCUUUUCUAUUAUCCGUGUUGUGUAGUUGGGUGCUGUGAUUGCAAAAGUGUGUAUGACAAAAAUGUUGCAUAUUGUGAGCAAAGUGCAGAGGAGUGUCGGUACUUCUGUGCACAGGACAGUUCAAAGGAGUGGUGUGGAUGUGAUAUUAGUGUAUAG